AUGAGUGAAACGCAAUCUUGGAAGCUAGCUGGCGAGCAUAAACGCAAGGCUUUGCUGUCUUUGAUUCCAUUUGAAUGGCGCUUGACAGACCCUCUCCCAUCACCUGCAGAAGUGCCCGAUCUGCGAAAUGGAACAAUCCAAAGCCAUCUAUCCAGCCGAGAGAUUAUGAUUACCGAAAUGGAUUGUCUUCUAUUGUUGGAGCAGUUGGCGAGUGGUGCACUUUCCUCUCAUGAAGUCACCAUGGCCUUUUGUCAUCGAGCCGCCGUAGCACACCAAAUGAUAUCCUGUCUACACGAGAUAUUCUUCGACGCUGCUCUCAGAGACGCCGAUGCCUGUGAUACAUAUCUUAAGGAACACGGAAAGCCCAUGGGAGCCCUCCACGGUUUACCCGUCAGCCUCAAAGACGUGGUCAAUAUCAAAGAUGUUGAUACGACCAUGGGGUUUGUUGGAUUAAUCGGCAAUUCCACAAAGAUAUCCAGUGAAAGCCAGAUCGUGGCUUUGCUUCGACGACUUGGAGCAGUUCUCUACGUCAAGACGAGUGUCCCGACUGGUUCAUUCUCGGGCGACACGUCUAACAAUAUCAUACAAUACACUCCAAACCCAUGCAACAGGCGUCUCACUGUCGGUGGCAGCUCCGGGGGAGAAGGAGGGUUACUCGCUCUUAAGGGGAGCCCGCUCGGUGUUGGCACCGAUAUUGGAGGUUCGGUGCGCGUGCCUGCGGUAUGGAAUGGGUGUUAUGGAUUACGACCUUCAACAGGACGGAUUCCUUAUGAAGGAAGUGCAUCUAUCGUGGAUGGACAGACGGCUGUUCCCUUUGUACUUGGAUUCAUGGCACCAUCAGCUGAGGCUAUUACCCUUGCGUCGAAGGGCUUGCUUAGCCUAAGCCCCUGGAUGGACGAUCCACUAGUCCAUGAAAUUCCCUGGCGGGAUGACAUCUAUACGAAGUUCAAGGAGAGCGCGUCCGGACGUUCUCGGCUUGCAUUCGGUAUUAUGAGAACAGAUCAUCAUGUCAAUGUCCAGCCACCGGUUGAGAGAGCGAUGGAUAUAGUAGUUAACAAACUCGAGUCUUUGGGACAUUCGGUCAUCGACUGGAAUCCUCCCAGUCAUCUAGAGGCAGUCUCAUUGUGGGACAAGGCCGUAACCAUAGAUGGAGGCAAAUCAUUCCAUGAGGCAAUCAAGCUAUCCGGAGAGCCACCACACAGAGUCGACCUGGGGCCUUUAGAUGCUGCAAAGCCCGAGCCCGCCACCGUAUUCGGCCUCUCGCCACAACCCGAGGCGAACGCAACCGAGAUCAAUAGCAUCAAUAUUGCCAUUCGCAAUUACAAAAAAUCCUAUCUGGAUUAUUGGAACAGUACGGCUGAGUUUACUGGAACCGGGAGACCGGUAGAUGCAUUCUUGAUGCCUGUGGCUCCGACGCCUGCGCCUGCACCUGGGAAGGUUCGCUAUUUUGGAUAUACUAGUGUUUUCAAUGUUCUAGACUUUAGUGCUUGUGGUGUGCCGGUCACAGAGGUCCAGAAGGACGUGGAUCGAUAUAGCAAUGCGAGAUACUCGCCGCGGAACAAGUUGGAUGGACUCGUGCAUGAUGACUAUGAUCCCGAAUUAUCAGAUGGAGCCCCGGUCGGCAUUCAAGUUGUCGGUCGAAGAUUACAAGAAGAAAAGGUCCUCGCGAUAGCAGAAGUGCUUGGAAACGCAAUCAAGGGUACCUCGGAUAGGGGAAACACCAAAUUGUAA